UCGCCGCGUGCCCUCCAUGAAGAUGAAGGCAGCGAGUCGCGAGGAGCCGAAAGGACGGCCCAUGAACCCCGUGCGCUUCAUGCAGCUGGCACUGUCCGUCACCAUGUUCCUCUCCGUGUCGUAUAUGUGGCAGUUCACAGCAGAGACCGUCGUGUCCCCCGCCUCAGACGAGAUCGAGGCCGCAAAUGCUAAAGAUGCAGCCGCCAAGCUCCUUCGAGCUGCUGAUGCUGCUCUGGCAGUGCAGAGAGACCGCUCUCACGCGCACACGCAGUACGUGGUGCGGGGUUUCGAGGAGGCGCACAAGUUUGUCCGAGAGUACGAUGUGGAGAGCAUGGGGCCGUUGUUCAUGCUGUUUUUGAGCGACACAGACGCCAACGGCACGUACUGGUUCCACCCUUGUCAGAUGGUAAAAGAUGCAGUGCACAAAGGGUUUAAACGUGCACCAAGACGAUCGAGACUAUUGGAGAUACAGGUGGGGCCGGAAAAAUACUGGAACGACCUCAUGAACCCGUUCCGACAGAACCAGCUUUUCUAUAUCGACUAUCUGCCGACGCUUAUGCGAUAUGAUGGUGGUGGCAACACGUCGGCAUUGCUUGCUGGCCCUAAUUGUCUGAAUCAAGACCUACUUGACGUCGUGUUCAGCGUGAACAAACCGGCGGCUGGAGUGCCGCACACCAACCGCAUCAUGCACUUUAACACCAUGAAGCAGGUCCUGGACUUCCUCACCUUCUACGACUACAGCUUUCCGCUCUUCAUGUUCUUCGUAUCAGGUGUACACUCUUUCAACAAUCGACUGUGGUGUCCGUUCUGUGAUAAGGCGGAGGUACCAGUCAUGCAUUACUAUAACUACACCGCACCAGACAACGCUGUGCUGCUGCGUAUUGUGGUUGCCCGUGAGCCUCGUCAAUGGUUUGAUGAAGAUAACGACUUUGUCGGCAAGGAGUUUAGCGAAAAGGUCGUCGAGUUCGACGGUGUGCCGUAUCUAGGCUUUGUGUAUCGAAACCAGACCAGCAACAAGAUCAAGCUGAGGGAGUUCACGCAUGGCAUGGACCAGCACGAAAAACUGCAGGAAUUCUUCCGUCAGAAGCCUCCAGGUGCUGCUGUUGUCCCUACCGCAUAA